AUGACGUACACUAACGGAAAUUCGAAUGGCUCAGUCAAAGACGUGGCGGAUGUAGAACGUCUUGCUCUCUCCUCUAAUUUGCCAGAUACGGUACCUGAUCUCCUUGAAACGGUUGCGAGACACGGCAACGACCUUCUCGCGCAGGAUCCUGGAGCACGGGCCAAACUCCUAGAAGCUGCUCGGUCAUUGACCUAUGCAUUGGAAACACCCCGAGAGGCAAUUAUUCGACACUGCUGGUCCGAGUCUACGAGUUAUGCAGCCCUAGAGACUGCGGUUGAUAUAAACCUCUUCUCUGCUCUCGGCACAGAUGACAAACCUAAGACUGUCGCUGAGCUUGCUAAGGCAACCAGCGUGGAUCCAAUCUUGCUCGGGCGAUUGAUGAAGCACCUCGCUGCAAUGGGAACAAUAACCGAGACUGGCUACAAUGAAUACUGCCCUACUGGGUUCUCAAAGGUCCUCACGAUUGAGAGAUAUAGCGGGGCAUUCCCGCUCAUGACCCGCCGUUUCACCAAAGGCAUUAUGGCCCUACCAGCCUUCCUCAAGAAAAACAAAUACCAAAACCCCACAAGUCCCACAGAUACAGCUUUCCAGAUGGGCUAUGAAACAAACAUGGGUUUCUUCGGACAUGUGCAACAGGAGCCGAUCACAGCAAAGCAGUUUAAUGACCACAUGUCAGUCUACGCUCAAGGCCGAGUCCGCUGGAUGGAUCCCGGCUUCUACCCAGUCCAAGAGCAACUUGUAGAUGGGGUUACAAUCGGCCAGGACGAUGUUCUGCUUGUUGAUGUCGGGGGUAGCUUUGGCCAUGAUCUGUCUGAUUUCCGUCGGAAAUGGCCUGGCGCCCCCGGCCGUCUGGUGCUGCAGGAUCUUCCUGAGGUAGUGGCUUCCGUGAAGGAUUUGCACCCCUCUAUUGAAGUUACUAGUCAUGAUUUCUUUACUGAGCAACCAGUCAAAGGAGCCCGCGCAUACUAUAUGCACUCUGUUCUCCAUGACUGGCCCGAUGAGCUCUGCCGCAAGAUUCUCGCUAACACUGUGGCGGCCAUGCGUCCCGGCUAUAGUAAGUUACUGGUGAAUGAGAAUGUGAUUCCGGACACGGGGGCCUACUGGGAAACUACGAGUUUGGACCUGAUUAUGAUGGAGAUCGGAUCUGGCGAGCGCACAGAGCGCCAAUGGCAUGCGUUGCUCGAGUCUGCUGGACUGAAGAUUGUCAAGAUCUGGACCGCUCAAAGGGGCGUCGAGAGUUUGAUUGAGUGUGAGCUAGCUUGA